UAAGAAAUCUGUGAAGUAGAUUUCCACAGAUUUGAUCCUGAAUUUGUACUUUGCCUAUUUUAUUUUGAAAUACGUUUUGAAAUAGAUAGAAGAUCGUUUAUCAAUACCAAAUACAUAUUAGCAUAUUGAUAAAACAUUACAAUGGAUAAAAGUAAUAGCAAAUAAUAAUAAUACCUGAUUGUAGGUAAUUGACGUCUUUCCUAGUGCUAUCAUUCAGAAUGGAACAUUUUGGCUUAUCUCAUAUUUUAUAUGAGCCAGAUAAAUAUAGUCCAGAUACUUUGGACUUAUUAAGUGACGAAGAAGCAAGGGAAUAUUGGCUAAAUACAUGUGAAAAGCUUGUCGAAAAAUAUGUUAAUUUUGCCCUCUCUAAUACUGAAGAUCCGACUGUUGAAAUAAGAGCUUUAAAAUUUAAGACUUGCUACAUAGAGGCUUUAAAGGAACUUAGAAUUAAUCCUCUUGCUCAUGGACAAUUGACUAUACGACUGCUUCUUGAUGUCAAUGAAACAUGUCUUCGAUCUCAAGGCUUUUUUGAUUUAUGGAAGCAGCAAAAGAAGUACGAAAAUGAGACUGCACUUGCUACACUUGCUGUAAGAUUGGCAGAAAUUGAUGCUGUGCCAGAUGAUAGACAAAGAUGGACAGAAUUGUGUAGAGGAGUCUUGGCUGGUAAUAUGUUUGAUUGGGGUGCACAGGCUGUAACUUCUAUACUAAAUUGUGGACUUUAUGAAGCUCUUGAGAAGAUUCAAAAAAGGCCAUGGCUAUAUGAUGGCUUAGAAAAAUGGUUGGAAAAGUUAGAGAAAACUGUUCACCACUGUGCUGCUGUUUUUGUUGAUAACAGUGGUGUUGACAUAGUAUUAGGCAUCUUGCCAUUUGUAAGAGCAUUGUUACUGAGGGGCACAUCAGUUAUACUUUGUGCUAAUGAGUGGCCAGCACUCAAUGACAUCACCAAUGUUGAGCUGGAAGAAGUUCUUCAGCGUGCAUCUCUUAUAUGCCCUAUCCUAGCAGCUGCUAUGGCUACUGGGGACUUAGUAGUUAGGUCUAGUGGACAAAGAGGUCCUUGCCUUGAUCUCAGAACUAUCAGUGUUGGGCUUUGUACAGAAAUGAAGAUGAGAGGAGUAGAUUUAAUAAUUUUAGAAGGAAUGGGAAGAGCUCUUCAUACAAAUUUAAAUGCACGUCUUGCAGUGGAUUCUCUGAAAUUGGCUGUUGUAAAAAAUGCAUGGUUAGCCCAAAGACUUGGUGGUCCAUUAUUUUCAGUAAUUUUUCUCUAUGAAGAUAAACCUUCAGAAACAUAAAUUAAGUGAACAAAAUAUACAGUAUUCCUUUGUAAAAUCAAGUCACUGUUUAUUUACUUAUCUCUAGAUAACUUCUUAAUACAUUGAUUAAAACAUUCACAUUUUAGAAUGUUUAACCAUCCAUGUUGAUGUCCUAUGACUUUUGGAAUAUAUUGAGUGUUACCCUGAAAA